AACUAUCGCCAGGGCAAGUGGGACCCACUGGUCAGCCGCGGAGGAUAAACCCCAAAUCCCCAAUCUGAGUGCUCGUCUCUUUUGCCUUUCGCGUGCUCCGCCGCCACGACCCAGAUUAGAGAGGAGAGAGCCAGAGCAAGUGAGAGAUGAGUCUGCAGAUUCCGGUGAGAUCAGGCGCCCUCCGCCGCCUCCUCCUUCUAGGUGGCGCUGGGGGUCUCCCGCGCCCCUACUCCACCGACGACCGGCGGAGGCGGGUGAUCCGCGAGGCAAGGCAAGAGGAGGAGGACGAGGCGUUCCUCCGCACCCUCAACUUCGGCGCCGACCCCGAGAACAACCCCCUUCCCCCGCCGCCGAGGCGUGGCAGGGGAUUAUCUGACGCCUCCGCCGGGAAGCAGCAGCAGCAGCCCGAGCGAAGCGCGCAGAAGGUCGUCGGGGAGACGCUGCUGCAGAAGCUUAAGCUGGGCGAUGGUCCCUCCGCCGCCGCUGCCGCCGCUACGGGAGGCGGCGAUGAGCUGCGGCAGCCUGAGGACGAGCCUGCGCCCGCGCAGCCGGUGGACGUGGAUGAGAUCUUCCGAAAGAUGAAGGAGACCGGGCUGAUCCCCAACGCCGUGGCCAUGCUUGACGGGCUGUGCAAGAACGGCCUGGUCCAGGACGCCAUGAAGCUGUUCGGCCUGAUGCGAGAGAAGGGAGCCAUCCCGGAGGUGGUUAUCUACACAGCUGUCGUCGAGGCAUUCUGCAAGGCAGCCAAGCUCGACGACGCCGUGAGGAUUUUCAGGAAGAUGCAAGGGAAUGGAGUCAUCCCCAACGCAUUCAGCUACUGGCUCCUGAUACAGGGGCUGUACAAGGGGGGCAGGCUGGAUGAUGCUGUUGGGUUCUGUGUGGAGAUGUUUGAGGCUGGGCUUGCGCCGAAUGCUGAGACGUUUGUAGGCUUGCUUGAUGCAGUGUGCAAGACAAAAGGGGUGGAUGAUGGUGAGAAGCUUGUGAGGAGCUUCCAGGACAGGAACUUUGCUAUUGAUGAGAAGUCAAUCAGGGAGCACCUGGACAAGAAAGGCCCAUUCUCACCAGUGGUGUGGGAGGUGAUCUUUGGCAAAAGAAAAUCAGGCCGACCUUUAUAAUCUCUACCAGAAAGUAGUAUGUUAUCACUCUCAUCAUUUUGUUAGCCUUGUAGUUAUUAUUUCUCAAGAAUUUGCUUGCUUCCAUGGUAAAACAAAAUGUGUACCUUGUCUUCUUAUAUAGAAUCUAUCAUUGGGGCGAUCUGUAUGCACUUUUGUUAUAUGCAAUUCACCUCGAUC